AUGCAUUCUCUGUUUCUUGUGAAAAGAACAGGGAUGAACGCCGAAUUGUUAGACAUAAUGUUUCAUCAUGGGAGAAAUUUUGAGAGGGGGAAGGAUGGGAGAUGGACAUACACACCUGACAAUAGGCAUUGUUUGGGUGAUCUGGAUGUGGACAGGUUGGAUGUAUUCUACCUGAGAAAUUACUUCAAAGAGCUAGGCUAUGAGACCAUGAAGGAGGUUUGGUGGCAGAUGAAAACACCACCUAAUUCAGAGGAUGAGCUGGUUGGAGAAGAAAGUUCAGAGGAUGUAUUUCCGGUGUUUAGACAGGGUGCUAGGUUCGGGGAACUACAUUUAGAAGUCGGGAUGAAGUUCAAUACUAAGUGGGAGUUCAAAGAGGCAGUGAGGGAGUUCACUAUACAAGAAGGGAGACGGAUGAGGUUUAGGAAGAACGAUGGUAAAAGGGUGAGGGCAGUAUGUAAGGUGAAGGAUUGCAAGUGGGUUGUGUACGCAUCAAGGGACCACGAAGACAGUUGCUGGCAAGUUAAGACUUUCUUCAAUGACCACACUUGUCCACGAGAGGAUAAAAACGAGGCAGCAAAUAGAAAUUGGGUUGCAGGUAAGUUGGUAAAAAAACUAAGGAAAUAUCCCAAUUUCAGAAACUGUAAGGUUACAACAUAUUUCAAGACGAAAUAUGACUUGUCGCUCAAUAGGAACUCUAUAUCACGGGCACUGUGUGAUGCUAGAAAUAUAGUCUAUGGAGAUGCCAAGGAGCAAUAUGCUAUGCUUAGGGACUAUGGUGAAACACUAUUGAAAAUAAACGCGGGAUCAAUUGUUCAGAUAUGCACAAAGCCACAGCCUAGUGGUGAGGUCAUAUUUGAGAGGAUGUAUGUCUGCUUGAGUGGCUGCAAGUCAGGUUUCAAGGCUGGCUGUCGUCCGUUAAUUGGACUUGAUGGGGCUUUUCUAAAAACUAUUUUCGGGGGGAAAAUUCUAUCGGCUGUUAGACAAGAUGCUAAUCAUCAUGUCUAUGUCAUUGCCUGGGCAGUUGUGGAAGUGGAGAACUUUGAGAAUUGGAAGUGGUUUCUAGAGUUGCUACAUGAGGAUCUUGGAGACUACAAGACCCGUGGGUGGAACUUCAUCUCUGAUAUGCAAAAGGGAUUACUGCCUGCUAUGAAAGCCGUGAUGCCUAAUGUGGGACACCGAUUCUGUGAAUACAUGGAUAGUAUAAAGCGGCUGAACGAGGACGCAUGGAAGUAUCUUGACAAGUGGCCAAGGGAGGCAUGGACGAGGUCACAGUUCAGGCACAACCCGAAAUUGGACUCGAUCUGCAACAACGCCUGUGAGAUUUUCAAUUCAAAGAUCAAAGAAGCAAGGGGCAAGCCUAUACUUACUCUUCUAGAAGAGGUGAGAAUGUUUGUCAUGAGGACUAUGGCUAAGAACAAGGUUAAGUUGGACAAUCACCUGGGGCUGUUACCACCCGUAAUCAAAAGUAGGUUAGAAAAGGUGAGGAAAGAGUCCAGACAUUGGCAUGCUAUAUGGUCUGGAGAUACUGGAUAUGAGAAGUUUGAGGGAUUCCAUGCGUUCAUGCUUGUGCAGCACUGGCCAGAGUCAACAAGCACCCAGAGGAUUUCUACCAUAAGUUGA